AUGAGAUUUGGUAAAAAGGGAAAUCUUAGCCCGAGGUAUAUUGGUCCCUAUGAAGUGUUAGAAAGAGUUGGAGAAGUUGCUUAUAGACUCGCCAUGCCAACCGAGUUGUCUAAGGUACAUGACGUUUUCCACAUUUCACAACUCAAGAAGUAUAUCCAUGACCUGUCGCAUGUGAUUGAGCCAGAAAUAGUGGAAUUGGAUGAGACAUUGACUUAUGAAGAGAAACCCAUAAAAAUAUUAGAUGAGAAAGUGAGAAAAACAAGAAACAAGGAGGUGAAAAUAGUAAAAGUCUUAUGGUCGAACCAUCAAACUGAAGAGGCUACUUGGGAAGCAGCUGAUACCAUGAGACAGAAAUACCCUGAAUUGUUUGACCAGUGUUAUGACACUUUAAGAUUCCAGAUUCGAGGACGAAUCUUCCUUUUAGGAGGGUAG